AGUAAUAUAUAACUUAAUUUUCCAACAUUUACAGAUAAAACAAUAUUAAAACCUAGAUUAUUAGAAAAAAAGAAGCUAUUUAUCUAUCAGUGUCUAAAUAUCAAAUAUUUCGUGUAAAAUACAUCAUACGGCCAGUGAAUUUAUCGCUCUGGAGAAGUCGACCAGCAGAUAAAUUGAGAUGUUCUUUUUUGACUGAUAAGAAAAUGGAAGAACAAACGGAGAGAAAGGCUGCAGUGACGGUUCCGGAGGAGCCAAUUAAAGCAGAGGGAGCGGUGGGAAGUCCAGGCACAAGCGAGAGAAGUGAUGGUUCUUCGUCUCCACCUCCGAACUGCAGCAUCUGUCUGGGAAAACUCGUCAACACAUCUUUCACUGAUAGCUGUCUGCAUCAAUUUUGCUUCACGUGUCUUCUCCAGUGGUCAAAGAUUAAGACCGAGUGUCCCCUCUGCAAGCAGACCUUCAAGUCCAUCAUCCACAAUGUCCGAUCUGAGGAGGAUUAUGAUCAGUACCAUGUGCCGCGAGAAUUGGCAUCCCAGGUUGCGGCCGCAACUCUUGACGUCAAUUUUGACAUUGUCGGGGGUGUGGGCACUGUGGGUGUCGGAUCCAUCGGUGGAAACUGGGAUAUUGGUGUUCGACGAUUUAUGUACAGAUCAACUAUGGGAAACCCCGGUCGUCGAUUCGGAAUGGUCAUUAAUCCACACGAAGUGGCAAGACGAGAACAAAUACCGAGCAUUGCGCCCCAGCUAUCGCGAGACGAGCGUCGACGCAGACAGAUAAAUCCCUCAGAUUUUCGUCGAAACGUCUACAGACACGGAGUCUGGGCUAGUCCCUUGCCCGAUUUCUUUGGUGGCUUCCGGGAAUGUAGUGCCGAGUUUUACAGGAGACACCCCGGAGAAGUGAGCCGACUUGUGCCGUGGUUGAAUCGAGAAUUGCAGGUUCUUCUGAAUAAUAACGCUCCGCAUGUGGCAUACGUGAUGCGAGUAAUUACAGAUGCUCUGAGCAGGUACGACAUAAGGACAGCCGAAUUCCGGAACCUCGUUCGGCCCUAUUUCGGAAUUCACACUGAGCACUUUGUGCACGAGCUUGUGAAUUUCGCACGGACAAACUACGAUAUGGUUGGUUACGACCAGUCAGUUAUUUACCUUCCAAGUCGUGGACUCUCGAACGAGUAUGUGCCGCGUAUUCUCUCCUCACCUGUCUCUAGUAGCAGCAGCAUGACCUCUGACGACUCGGACGUCCGUGUCGUCGACGAACCCGUCGGACGUCGAGAAAUCAACAUUAGAUUGUCCGCUGUUGUGCCUCAAUCCAUCGACAUGCCUGGUCCGAGCACUGUAGGCCGAGCAUUCCAUCCUUAUACUCCCUACAAUAUAGUACCUGAUGUUGUCACGGUGUCCUCAAGUUCCUCAGGUUCCGAGGAUGAAUGCGAAGUUGUUGGUUAUGUGAAGCCUCGUCAUGAGAGGACUCCAGAAAUAAUAGAUCUUUCCAAUUCUGAGAGUGAGGUGGUCAUUCCUCAAGCCCAGCCCGCUGAGACAAUCAAACCUCCAAUUGUGUCUACAAUCGAGGACGAGAGUCAGCCAAGUACUUCGCACGAAGUAAAGCGACAGGCAGUCAGAAAAGUGGAGAACGUUUAUCCAAGUAGAAUGCUAGAAAUUCUAUCAUCGUCAAGCUACAGCGAAUCCGAUUCCGACAGCGAUUACAGUCCCAAGAGGAAGCACAAAGUUAGCAGCAAAAAGUCAAAAAGAUUGUCGCAGAAUAAUCCCUCGACCAGGAAACGCAAACGCUCAACAGUUGCGAAGAGUCGUGUCAAAUCUCCCUCCGAGAGGAUGUUGACCUCAUCCUUGAUUUAUAGUUCGAGUGACAGCGACUCGAAACAUCCGAAGCGAACACCGAAAAAAGAAACAACCAAGCGCAGGCGCAUUUCCGUUUCCACGACAGACUCCAGCUCGGAAAAGAGCAAGAGCUCGGAGAAAAGUAAGAGCUCGGAGAAGAGCAAAAAGCGAAACACAAAGAGUGAAUCGAGAAAAAUCAGCAACAAGCAGCACACUCUGCCGAGUGCCGCCCCCAAAGAGAGCACCUGCAGCAGCCGCAGCAGCAAGGCUCUGAAGAGAGAAAAUGUCGCCUCGAACAUUUACACGGACACGGAUGCUUACAGCAGUUGCGAGAGCGACUCGCCGGAGGAGAAGAAGAAAAAGCAGCAGCAGCAGCCGCUGCGAAAAGUUGAGAGAAAGUCGAGAAGAAGUUACUCGACGAGUUCGAGCGACGACUGCAGCAGCACUGAGCGAACUCGACGUUCCACAAAGACCAAAGAGAAGUCGCGAGAGCCUCGACGCGCCUCGAACAAAUCAGGAACGCGAAAUUCCCGUCCGAAAAAGUCUCAGGCUCGACGAAGUGCAAGCAACAGUUCCUCCUGCGAGUCGUCGGGAAGAAUCGAUAGAUCGAAGAAAUUGCCGUCGUAUCGUUCAGGCAGCGAGUGCUCGAACGAGAGAGCAGUAGUCACGCCGGAAAAACGAGAUUUAAGUACGAAUGAUCGGACGAACACGACAACGACCGAGAAUGGAGAAAUGAUGGAUAAAAUGCUGGGCUAUGAGGAGGCAAGCACGGAUCCGAGUGUCCCGGAUUUGGAUCAACAUCGAUAUUACAGAUCUCGAAGUCAGUGCAGUGUUUGUUCCGACAAUACUACUCGUGUUGUCUCGAGCAAAAAGAAAUCGAAGCACAAGGAGAAGCGCAAGGAGAAGACGAAAAAAAUAUCGUCGUCUUCAUCGUCGUCGUCUUCGUCGUCCUCCUCCUCCUCAUCCUCGUCGUCGUCGUCGGCGUCUUUGUCGUCGACGACGACGACGACACGUGGCCAAUUGUUUUUCAGUUCGUCCGAUAGGAAUUCAGUGAGUUCCUCGUGCUCGAAAAAUGACGCGCCAUCCACCUCAACCUCGAAACAUUCCGACUCGAAAAUGAGCUCGAGUUCGAGCUCACGAUCGAGGGAUAAGCACAGGUCGCACAAAAAAAGUAAAGACUCGAGACGCCGAAGAUCGCGGAGUAAUUCGAGGUCCAAGUCGAAGAAAAAGUCUACACGUCAGAUUGUGAUAGAUUUCCAGUAUGAUUAAAUGACAAAUUGUUAGUUUCCCUGAUGUAUCGGAAUAUUGUAUACAGUGUACAUUGAAUAAUGACCUUGAUGAUUGACUAUUAGACGUGUGGAUUUGACAUCACUGCGAUAAAAGAUCUAUCUAGAAAGGUGAAGAAAAAGAAAAAAAACGAUUGUUUCUACUUAGACGGUGGUAAAUAUGUAUCUGUAAUUGUAUUAUUACGAAUUUACAUUUAUUUUCUGUACUUCCUUUCUGCGUUUUAGACAUAUAAUUAUUAUAUAAUAAAUAAAGAAAAAGAGGGAUUUUUUUUUUUA